AUGUCUAUGGCACCAAACAAAGCUCCUGGGAACGAUAAAGUUCCGACACAUGUAAUCAAAACUUGCUUGACUGUAAUUUCACCUACCAUUACUUCAAUUAUCAAUGCUUCACUAUUAACCUCUAGUUUUCCGAGCGUAUGGAAAAACGCUGAAGUUGUUCCUAUCCACAAGAGUGAUGAUUAUGAGAUCGCAAAUAAUAAUAGACCUAUAUCGUUAUUGCCAGUGCUAUCAAAGAUCUGCGAACGAGCAGCUUAUAAUCAGUUUUCGACCUACCUUCUCUUGAAUGAUCGUUUAUCGUCUAAACAAAGUGGAAACAAGCAUCUACACUCAACAGAAACCUCGGUAAUUCAGACUACAGACAUGAUCUUGAAUGCCAUUGACAAGAAACAGCUAACUGCGAUUGUAUUACUCGACAUGAGCAAAGCAUUCGAUAGCAUAGAUACCACGACUCUGAUUACUAAGUUAGAAGAUGUUGGCGCGUCUUGUCAGGCGAUUCAAUGGUUCCAAAGCUACCUAACAUCCAGGUAUCAAGUAGUAAGAAUACAAACAACCUUAUCCGACCCUUUAGAGGUAAAGAGUGGAGUACAUCAGGGAAGUAUACUUGGGCCACUUCUGUUUAGUAUUUAUGUGAACGAUUUGCCAUCAGUUCCACAACAAUGUUCUCCCUAUUCCUAUGUCGAUGACACAAAACUCCUAAUGUCGUUUUCUCUGCAACACCAACAAAGAGCUGUCUCAGAAAUAAAUCAAGAUCUCUUGAGAAUAC